CGCCCGCUCCGCAGCAUGGCCGGCCUGGGGCGGCCGGGCCGGGGCCCCCGCGCCGCGCUGCCCGCCUGGAAACGGGAGAUCUUGGAGCGGAAGCGGGCCAAGCUGGCCGCCUUGGGCGGGGGCGCGGCUCCCGAGCCCGGGGCCGAGGCGGGCGCGGCGGAGACCUCGGAGCCGGCGGCCGAGCGGCUCGUGCUGGCCGAGAGCCUGGGCCCGCUGCGCGAGAACCCGUUCAUGCGGCUCGAAUCGGAGCGGCGGCGCGGGACGCGGCGCGGCGGGGGCGAGGGGCCGGCGGGGGCGCGGCCGGUGCAACACCUGCUGGAGCUGUACCGCCGCGUGCCCGGUGUGCGCACCAUCCACGCCGACAACAUCCUCAUCAUCGAGUCGGCACCGGGCUUCCCGCCCGCCGGCCCCGGCCCGGGCCCCGGCCCGGCCGCCCGCAUCCGCGCCGCUGAGGUGCUCGUGUACGAGGCGCCGCCGCCGCCGCCCGGGCGCGUCAGCCGCCUGCUCCAGAAGUUCGACGCCCCGGCCGCGCCGACCCGCCGCGGGAGCCCGGAACGCGGACGUACCCCGCCGCCGCAGCCACCGCCUGCUCCCGGCCCCGCCGCCCGGCGCGUGGGUGAGGGCGCCGCCUGCUUGGAGCCUGAGCGCCGCGCUACAGGCCCCGGGGCGCGGCGCAGCGACUUCCUGCAGAAGACCGGCAGCAACUCCUUCACCGUCCACCCUCGGGGCCUGCACCGCAGCGCGGGCCCUCGCCCGCUCCGCAACGAGCCUGCAGCCCCCGCGUCCCGAGCCGGCGCUGCCAACGGCCUCGCGGGCUCUGCGCCCGGGCCGGGCGAGUGGAAGCCAAAGGUGGAGUCGGGGGAGGCCCCCGUCCACCCGCCCCCCAGCCCCGGGACCCCCAGUGCCACUCCAGCCGCGUGCCUGGCCUUGCCCACACCCAGCCCCGCCAGUGCCACUCCCAGCCAGCGCCAGUGGGUCUCCGCGGCCACCAGCGCCAAUGCCUCCUUUGAGAUACGGCCGGCCUCCAAGCCAGACAUGGAUGGGAUCCCUGCUGGGGACCUCCAGGCCCGGGCCCUGGCCAGCCUCCGUGUGAACUCCCGAAACUCCUUCGUGUUCAUCCCCAAGCGCAAAGACUCUGGGGCCCCUCCUCCUGAAGGGAGGCAGGCCAGGGGGCUGCCAGAGAGCGAGGUUGGCUGGGCCUCCCAAAGCCUGGAGCUCGAAGCCCAGCUGGUGCCUGGAAGGGAUAGCGUGCCUGCCAGAGCGAGGAGCCCCUUGGGGGUCGAGGAGGGGGCCUCCCCCAGGCCAGCUACUGCCCUCGUGGACAAGGCUGUUCAACAGCAGAGGCUGUCCUCACCAUCCCUGUGUCCGUCAGCUGCUGCCGAAGCUAAGCCUGCCCAGGGCCUCGGGGUUCCCAGCUUGGCCAAGAACGGCAGGGAGCCUGGGAGGCCAGGGUUGCCUGUUACCUUCAUUGAUGAGGUGGACUCAGAGGAUGAGGUCCCCCAAGAAGCCAAAUUGCACUGCUUGGGGGCUGGUGGGCCUCCUUGGUACCACCCGCACCCCACUGGGCCUGGGCACCCGUCAGGGCGCCAGCCCCGAGGUGGCAACACCUUCACUGUGGUGCCCAAGAGAAAACCAGGGCCCCUGCAGAGCAAUGGGGAGCCCGGGCCACAGGAGGCUGAGGAGGAGGCAGGCAGCUUGUCAGAUCCCCCUGCCGCCCUGGGGACCACACUGAAGAAGCGCUAUCCCACCGUGCAUGAGAUUGAGGUGAUUGGUGGCUACCUGACUCUAGAGAAGUCCUGCCUCACCAAGGCUGGCUCCUCGAGAAAGAAGAUGAAGAUCUCCUUUAAUGACAAGCGCCUGCAGACCACGUUUGAGUACCCUCCUGAGAGCUCCCUGGUGCAGGAGGAGGAGGCUGAGGCCCAGGAAGGGGUGGAGGAGGACGAGGAGGAGGAGGAGGAGUCCAGCUCAGAUGGGGUGGUGGAGAAGCCCUUUGCGCUCUUCCUGCCCCGAGCCACUUUUGUGAACAGUGUGGGGCCUGAGAGCCCUCGCCUGCCGGACGGCAGCUCAGGCCUGUCCAGCUACACUCCAAAGCACUCCAUGACCUUCGGUAAAUGGCAGGGGCAGACGCUGGAGCAGGCUCCAAGUGAGGGAGAGCCCGCACCAAAGGAGGUCAUGCUCACCCCUGCCAGUCAGAAUGACUUCUCAGACUUCCGCAGCGAGCCAGCUCUCUAUUUCUGACCGCGGCCCUGCCAGGAUGGCCAAGGCUGAGCCCUGGGAGCCGGGCAGUGCCCAGGAGCCCUGCCCUCAUUCUGCACCCCCCUUCUGCCCUGCCAGGCUCUGCCCUGCCAUAUCCCACCCUCCCUUCCUGGGGCCUCACAGCUGUGCUGGUGCUCAGCCUGAGCCUAGGGCCCUGGGGGCUCCUGCCUCCCCUGGGGCUGAGUCUUGCUCUCCAGCCCUGAUCUGGGGGCACUGCCUGUGGAGGACGGACAGGGUCCUGCUGGACACCAUGCCCGGCAGCUGUCCGAUGUGUGUGAAGGGCCAGCUUGGCUGCCUGUCCUCUGUGGGGCUUUAAGCCAUUCCCAGCCCGCACCCCCCAACAGCAGACCUCAACCCGCCCACCCUCUUUGUGAUGAAAUGGCAAGUCUUGUGUUUGAUGAUGGAUUCAAUAAAUAGCACUGGACAAGG